AUGAUUGAAGUUUUGUUAUCCGGAAUUGUGUUAGGUCUAAUUCCUAUAACUUUGGCUGGAUUAUUUGUAACUGCAUAUUUACAGUACCGACGCGGUGAUCAAUUGGAUAUUUGA